AUGUGUUUAAAGCUGAGGAAAACCAUCAAAUCCCACAGGUGCCGUAGUUGUAGAUUAGUUUUUCUAACAGGUCCGGCUUCAAACGACAGCUAUCUUCCCCGCCACCGCCACAGCCGUGUGUUAGUUUUUUUGUUAUUGCAUUUCUUUUUUUUUGUUGCUCCUUCUCUGAGUUUUCGCGUUUUCCUUCUUUUUCAUUUUCUAUUUUCCUUUCUUUCUUAUUUAUUUUCUCUUUCUUUUUCUACUUUUCUUUCUUUUCUCUUCCUUCCUUCCUUCCUUCCUUCCUUCCUUCCUUCCUCCUUCCUUCCUUCCUUUCUUUCUUUCUUUCUUUCUUUCUUUCAUUUUCUUUUUCUUUUUGCUUUCUUUUAUUCCCUUAUUAUUUCUUUUUGUAUCUUUUCUUUGCCCAUUUCCUUCCCUUUCUUUUUCUUUACUAUUUUUGAUUCUUUCUCCUUUCUUUUCGUUUCUAUUUUACUUUCUUUUCUCUCUCUUUCUCUCUUUUUCUUAUUUCCUUUUACUUCUUUCUUUCUUUCUUUCUUUCUUUCUUUCUUUCAAUUUUUUUCUCUCGCUGUUUGCAAUUAUUCCCUCCUCCUCUCUUUACUUAGAACUGUUCCUAUCUGUCCUACCACGGACAAAUGCUAUCGCUGGGAAAAAAGGAUUUUCUAA